CAUCCAUCCCAUCCCCAUCACUCCAAACAUCCACAUCUUCCAAUAAUUUUAGCACACAAUCCUGAUGACAUGACAUGUUCUGCUAAUUGACGAAUCUCCAAUUUGACGUCCCGGGUGGAUUCAAAACGGCCAUUUGGAGUAACCUCAGAUGGUCAAUAAAACAAAUCACACGUGUGUGCAUUGUUCUCGGUCCUUCAAGCGUGCCGAGCAUUUGACCCGCCAUCUGCGUACCCAUACUAGAGAGAAACCGUAUUCAUGUGUCUGCGGGGCGACGUUCACCCGUCGCGACCUUCUCACGAGGCAUUGGCGUAUCACGCACCAUAGUGAUUCCGUCGAGUCCCUUGAGUUACGGUCGUCGACGCCUCGUACGCCGCACCCGCACGAACCCCAGCAACGAGAUUUGAUACAACCGCACACCUCUUCAGGCGGCCAAAAUUUACAACACAAUGGUAUGAACAUUGCUGCCGUGCGAACUGAUGAUCCGUAUCUUAUCACCCGAGAUCCACGCGAUCACAUUGUUCCGCCCGUCGCAUCCAGUCCAUUAUACCACCAUCCGGCACCCGAGCCUAGUCCUAAAGAUCUCUUCCAAGUCAAUCAUCAUCAGCCGCAAGACGAUGGGCAUGUCGAUGAUUUCCGUGACUUUGUAAACUUCAUUGAUGGUGUUGGCUUGUCGGCUCAAUGGACACCCGAGUACGACUUUGAGUGGCUGCACGCAAUUGAUCCACAUCAUGAUUCGCGCAAUGAUUCGCGACGCCAUUCUAGAGAGCCAGAGACUUCACGCUCAUCGCGACCUGAAGAUCCUGGCACUCCAUUCAGCACCUGGCUGCCAUCAGCGCCGGCCGAUGACCAGGUCCAUCUCGGUUCGCAAACUGGCGAUGACGUCGGAGGCACAAGAACGAGGGAUGGCACGUAUAAUGUCACCGACGAUCACCGACAUUUCUUGAUCACAUUACUCCAAAGCCUCCCUUCUCCAAUAGCCGAAUUUGAAAUACCUUCUCGACAUACGUUGACAAGGUACAUCACGGCUUUCUUCGGGGGGUUUCAUUCCCACUUCCCUUUCAUCCACGAACCGACCUAUAAGCCGUCAUGCUCUCCUCUGGAGCUAACUCUUGCUAUGUGUGCGGCGGGUGCGCAAUACUGCUUCGAGAAGAAGAGCUCUCAAAAUCUGUUCAACACAGCAAAGGCCAUUGUAUUCUACCGGCUACGACAGGAGGAAUCUCACUUUGGCCCGCAGACCCUAGCUUUCACUGCUUCGGCCACCAUCUUCUCUCCUGAUGCAGAGCCCAAUGCACGACGAUUUGGGCCUUGGUCCCCGCUCGAUAUGGCGAAGACUCUUCUAAUCUUAGUCGGGUACGCAACGUGGGAUAAGAAGGUAUAUCUGCAGCAAGCAUUUGCGCUGAGGGGCCUACUAGUCCAUUGUUUGCGGGAUAUUGGUCUCAGGGAGGACCCCAUAUCCACAGAGAUCUCAUCCUCCAAAUCCGCAAUGUGGGAUCAUUGGGUGCAGCAAGAAUCCGCCAGGCGUACGAAACUCGUCACAUUCUGCUACAUGAACGUCCACAGCAUCGCGUACAACACCCACCCGAUACUAUGGAGCAGCGAGUUGCAUCUGAGACUGCCUCAUUCAACGCCUGAGUGGCAGGCCCGCAGCGCCACACGUUGGGCCGCACUCAGACGCGACGGAAAGGAAGACCAAAUGUAUUUCCAAGAUGCACUAUCGAUUCUCUUGCAAGGAUCGGGAGGUGCGGAGUCUUUGCAGCCAAUACCGAGUCCACUUGGUAACUACAUCCUCCUCCACGCACUUCUACAGCGCAUUCACGUUGUUCGGGAGCUGUCAGUCCCCGCGCUCUCGCCGGGCGAUAUUUCUGGGGCCGAACUCCAAAUAAUAGGACGCGCGCUUCGCUCCUGGACAUCACUAUGGCAGCAGACGCCUGAAUCCAUCCUCGAUCCCAACAACGAAAGCGGCCCCAUACCAUUCACAUCCAGCGCCCUUCUCACCAUCGCCUACGUCCGCCUCUCCCUCAACAUCGGCGGGCACCGGCACCUCGAGUCGCGCGACCCGGACGUAAUCGCCGCGGGCCUGGCGCAGGCGCCGGAGAUCGAGCGCAACGACAACCUCCUGUCAGCUCUCUUGUACUCGACGCACGCGCUCAGCAUCCCCGUCCGGCUCGGGAUCGACCGCGUCGCGAGGAGCCAGGCGUUCUUCUGGAGCGUUCAGCAUGCGAUUUCGAGUUUCGACUGUGCGAUCUUCCUGGGGAAAUGGCUUUGUUCGCUGCCGAAGCCGUUGCAGGAUGGGUCGUUGUCUAGGUCGGAAGAGCGGAUUCUCCAUUGGGUGCGCUGCAUCAUCAAGGAAGCAUAUGCUGUUGUCGAUUUCGACGACGCUGAUCGAGGCGUGGAUGUCUUGGCUGUUUCGGACGACCCUUACCAAUUGGGUCUCGCGGUCAUGAAUAUUUGGAGUCGGUUUUUUAGGGGCAAUACCCAAUGGCAUUUCAUCGUGAACCUGGGGCUGGGCUUGGAGAAAUAUAUC